AUGGAUCGACCCCUUUCAUCCAUUCUGCUGUCCCUGCGUGCAUUCGCAGAUACCCAUGGCUCCUGUCUAACGGCCGAACACGCCCAAUUGAUUGGAGCCGGGCUCCUGUCCCUGGUUGCUCUCUACGCGGGGUACCUUUACAUUCUGAGCCGGCGAGAGGCUGCUGUCACCUUCAACGUGCCAUUGCCAUCGGAAGUUCGCAACAGUGGGUCUGGAAAGAAGUGGGAUGAGGUUAAAGGAGUGGAGAAGCGCUUGCUGGAGGACCAGGUUCGGGGGGUAUGGAAUGACCAAUUGAUUAUGAGCUAUUGCCCUGCCGAUGGACGUGUCUUGGGUAAUGGAAUUAAACCGGCGAAGGUUGAGGAUGUCAAUGAUGCUGUGCGGGCUGCGAAGGCUGCGCAGCGCGAAUGGGCCACGACCACUUUCUCCGAGCGCCGGAAGGUUCUUCGGACUCUGUUGAAGUACGUCCUCGACCAUCAAGAUGACAUCGUGACCGCAUGCUGCCUCGACUCCGGCAAGACCAAAGUGGAUGCCUCUUUCGGUGAAAUUCUGGUGACAGCUGAGAAGCUCAAAUGGACCCUCGACCACGGUGAGAAGGCGCUGCUCUCAUCACGCCGACCCACGAACUUUCUUAUGAUGUACAAAAAGAACAUGGUGACCUAUGAACCUCUUGGUGUUGUAUCCGCUGCUGUAUCUUGGAACUAUCCUUUCCACAACUUCAUCGGUCCUGUUAUAAGUGCCUUGUUUACCGGCAAUGCCAUUAUCGUGAAGCCAUCUGAACAAACCGCCUGGUGCUCCGCCUUCUUCUUGGACAUCGUCCGCGGCGCUCUCUCCAGCUGCGGCCACUCGCGCGAUCUGGUUCAACUCGCCGUCUGCCUGCCUGCCGUCGCUGACAAGCUAACCUCCCACCCGGACAUCGCUCACCUAACCUUCAUUGGCUCGCGCCCCGUUGCGCACAAAGUCUGCGCCUCGGCUGCCAAAUCCCUCACCCCCGUAACCGUCGAGUUAGGCGGCAAAGACCCCGCCGUCAUCCUCGAUGACGCUCGCACAGUCCGCAACUUGCCCGCCAUCGCUUCGAUCCUCAUGCGCGGCGUCUUCCAAUCCGCUGGUCAGAACUGCAUUGGCGUCGAGCGCGUAGUCGCCCUCCCCGGCACCUAUGACAAGCUCAUCGAGCUCGUCAAGCCGCGCAUCCAAGCCCUCCGCCUCGGCUCCAUCCUCCUUGAUACCCCCGCCAACUCCACUACAACCCCUGACAUGGGCGCUAUGAUCUCGCCCGCCUCUUUCGACAAAUUGGAGGGUCUGAUCUCCGAAGCCAUCGCCCAAGGCGCCCGCCUGCUUGCCGGCGGCAAGCGCUACUCGCACCCCAAGCAUCCGCAAGGCCACUAUUUCGCGCCGACCCUCCUGGUCGAUGUCACCCGGGACAUGCGGAUCGCGCAAGAAGAACUCUUCGCGCCAGUGUUCCUCGUAAUGCGAGCCUCAAACGUGCCCGACGCGAUCGCCAUCGCAAACUCGACUGUCUACGCGCUCGGCGCAAGCGUCUUCGGGCACCACGCCGCCGACGUACAGGCCUGUGUGUCCGGGAUCGAGGCGGGCAUGGUGUCUGUCAACGACUUCGGUGCGUACUACGCUGUGCAGCUGCCUUUCGGCGGCGUGAAGGGCUCCGGAUACGGGCGCUUUGCGGGCGACGAGGGCUUGCGCGGGCUGUGCAAUCUCAAAGCCGUUUGCGUGGACCGGUUUCCGAAGCUGAUGGGAACUGCGAUUCCGCCGCGGGUGGACUACCCCAUCCAGAAGCGGGAGGGCGCAUCCGGGGCGAAAGAUGGGACCUCGGCAUGGGAGAUGUGCAAGGGUGUCGUGGAGACUGGGUACCAGAUUACGCUUGGAGGGCGAGUUGCUGGUAUUCUGCGAUUGCUCGGGAAUAUGUAG